CAUCGCUUCUUCUACUCCAAGUCCUUCGUCAAGCACAGCUUCGAGAUUGUGGCUAUGGCCUGCAUCAAUCUCGCAUCCAAGAUCGAAGAGGCACCUCGUCGGAUUAGGGAUGUGAUCAACGUGUUUCAUCAUUUGCGCCAGUUAAGAGCAAAAAGGACUCCAAGCCCCCUGAUACUUGAUCAGAACUACAUAAACACCAAAAAUCAAGUAAUAAAAGCAGAAAGGAGGGUACUGAAGGAGUUGGGAUUUUGUGUUCAUGUCAAGCAUCCACAUAAGAUUAUUGUUAUGUAUUUACAAGUCUUAGAAUGCGAACGUAACCAAACCCUGGUUCAGACAGCCUGGAAUUACAUGAAUGACAGCCUCCGGACAAACGUCUUUGUUCGCUUUCAGCCAGAGACCAUAGCAUGUGCUUGCAUUUAUCUUGCUGCUAGAGCUCUGCAGAUCCCGCUACCUACCCGUCCUCACUGGUUCUUGCUCUUUGGCACCACGGAAGAGGAGAUUCAGGAGAUAUGUUUAACGACUCUCAAGCUCUAUACAAGAAAGAAGCCCAAUUACGAAUUCCUGGAUAAAGAAGUAGAAAAGAGGAAAAUGGCACUACAGGAAGCUAAACUGAAGGCAAAAGGUUUAAAUCCAGAUGGAACUCCAGCACUCUCAACACUGGGUGGCUUUUCUCCUGCAUCCAAACCAUCUUCCCCGAGAGAAGUAAAACCUGAAGAGAAGUCUCCAGUGUCCCUGAAUGCCAAAACAGUUAAAAAAGAGCCAGAAGAGAGGCAGCAAGCUGCCAAGAGCCCUUACAACGGCAUGAGGAAGGAAAGCAAGAGAAGCAGAAGCAGUAGAAGUGCCAGUCGGUCCAGGUCAAGGACAAAGUCCCGGUCCCGGUCCCACAGCCCCAGGAGGCACUACAAUAAUAGGCGGAGCCUGUCUGGGACCUACAGCUCGAGGUCGAGGAGCAGGUCCCGCAGCCACAGCGGCAGCCCCCGCCGGCACCACAACCCCCGGGGACAGGAAGAGCAGUUUGCUUCCAGAAGCUCCCCCUGUGCUGGGGGAUUUCUUGAUGUCCAGCUGCUGGAGCUGUGCAGCCCAACACUGAUCUAG